AAUUAACUUGCGGCCCAUGUUGGAAACGACAUCGUUUUUACUGUAGAGCAGUCCCGCUAGCGUUGAUUAAUUAGUUGCAGCCGUCGAGAACUCGGAUUAUUACUUUCUCUCCGUCUCGCGAUUUAGUUUUUGUUGCUUCUUUAGUGAAUUGAAUCGAAGAGGGAUCUUGAAAAAGUAAAAGAGAUGGAUUCUACACCACGAAGAAGUGGAGGAGGCGUGUUCGAAGGUAUCUACAAGUUGAUUAUGCGCCGUAACUCCAUCUACGUUACCUUCGUCAUCGCCGGCGCUUUUGCCGGUGAGAGGGCUGUGGAUUAUGGUGUUCGUAAACUAUGGGAGUACAACAAUGUUGGGAAACGUUAUGAAGAUAUUCCAGUUUUGGGGCAAAGGCCAACAGAAGAAUGAGCUUCUGAGUUCUUCUAGCCAUUUUGAGGAUUCAGAGCAAGCGCUUGUGCUGUAGUAAGCAAUUUUAAUUUUUGCAAUAAAUAUAAUUUGUUUGGAUGCACGAUUAUUGUAUUCAACAGGUUUCCUCCAGUGCACUCUGGGAUUGUUGACUGGGUAUAAAUUGUGGAGGCUACAAUGAUUUGACAGGGAACAUGUUUUUAUUAAGUCUGCUUCAAUUUCUUGUCAA